AUGUCCGAUAGUUCUUAUACGACACACACGACGACCUCAGAUACAGAAAAAAAUGAUCUCGAAAACACCGAACCGCUGGACGGGGGAAUGCAGGCAUGGAUGACUGUUGCUGGAUCCUGGAUGAUCCAGUUCUGCACACUGGGAUAUAUCAGCGCCUUUGGCGUUUAUCAAGACUAUUACACUCGCGACUUCCUUUCCCAAAAGUCACCAUCUGAAAUCAGUUGGAUAGGUAGCUUUCAGCUCUUCAUGCAGUAUGCGCCUGGAAUACUCGUUGGCCGUGCCUUCGAUUCUGGUUAUUUUCAUUACAUGAUUGCUGCCGGAUCUUUCAUCCAAGUGGUAUGUACAUUCAUGCUGUCUUUGACGCAUCACGGCCAAUACUACCAAGUAUUUCUUUCCCAAGCUGUGGGAAUCGGGCUUGGUCAAUCUCUUCUAUUUCUUCCGUCCCUCAGCAUCAUCGGCCACCAUUUUAAAAGACGUCGAGCGUUUGCCACUGGUGUUGCCGUAACGGGUGCAUCGUGCGGUGGUAUAGUGUGGCCUGUUAUGCUGAAUCAACUGGGGCAGCGUACGUCAUUCGCAAACGCGAUCCGGGCCACGGGUGGCGUGGUGGCAGCGCUGCUCUUCUGUGCCAAUUUGAUGAUGCGCACGACGCGGCGAGCUCGUAGUGCGCACGUAGGUGGUGACAUUCACAUUGUGAAAGACAUCCUUACGGAUGGUGCCUUUAUGGUUUCUGUGAUUGGAGCAUGCUUCGUCUGUUUGGGGUUUUUCUUUCCUUAUUUCUAUCUGCAGCUUUACUCCAUUGACAAAGGAAUCAAUCCGAACUGGGCUUUCUAUACCCUUGCAAUACUAAAUGCGGGGAGUGUCCUUGGUCGCCUCCUUCCCAACUUCUUCGCGGACCAUAUUGGGCCAUACAAUAUGAUCAUUCCUUGCAUCGCCUUCACGUCCUUUCUCCUCUUCGCUCUCCUUGGCAGCGAUAUCAAAGAUGUAGCGGGAAUCGUGGUAUUCGCACUGGCCUACGGAUUCUUCUCCGGCUCAUACUAUUCGCUUAUUCCCUCUCUGAUAUCGUUGCUAGCCAAGAAUAUCAGCGAACUUGGUACGCGGAUGGGCGUGGCUUUCUCAUGUGUUGGUCUGUUCAUGCUCUUCGGGUCGCCUAUCGAUGGAGCGCUUUUGCGUACUGAUAACCCCGAUUCAUAUGCUUGGAGUCGAUGCCUCGCAUUUUGCGGCGCAAUGGUGCUUUGCGGUGCGGCCGCCAUGAUUCUUUCUCGUGUACUAUUCGUUCACAACGGAAGACACAAAGCAGUGGGCCGUGGUCAAUUGAUAUGA